CUGUCAUAUUUCAUGUGAGGAGAUUGAGGAAUUUACUUCCUCAACGCGCUUGUAUCUUUCCAAAGUUUGCACCCAUCUCGUCACAAAAUAAAUCCAAAUCUUGACUGAGCUGGCCGUCACCAUGGCUGACCGAUUUCCUUCGCUGGAGGACUUCGACUCGGGCGCCCAGACAGAUAUCCGGGACGCAUCGGAUGCGCCGUCUGCGAGCAACUUUCUAGAGCGAGAGAGGGCCAUUCUCGGCGAAGACGCCAGCCAGUUUGCGACAGUGGAGGAUGCAGGUAUCGACGAAGGAGACGACGAUUUGCUAGGGGGUGGUAUCAGUUCCUCAAGCAACAAUGCCGCAUUUGAGAGCCAAUUUCCCGACAUCACAAGCCCCAACGAGGGUGUCGCACCUGGUGGUACCAUCACAGGCACAGGCCCUUCGAUCAGCUACAACUCGGGCUAUGCGCCGUAUACCGAGGAGGAGGAAGAGCCCGAGGUGAUCAAGAACUGGCGCGAGAAGCGAGACGCCCAGAUUGCGAAGCGAGCCGAGCAGUUUGCCCAGCAGCGCGCCGAGACGAUACGCGAGGCGCAGCAAAACAUUGACGACUUUUACGAGAACUACAACAACAAGAAGGAGAAGAUGAUUGCGCAGACCCGUAAGGAGGCUGAGCAGUUCCUCGCCAGCCGCGAGGAUACCACCUCGGGCGGGACGAGCUGGGAGCGCAUCUCCAAGCUUGUUGACGUCAGUGGAAAGGGAGCAAAGGGUGGUGCAGCCGGGUCGGGGAAGGAGCGGUUCCGUGAACUUCUUAUGAGUCUACGGAAGGAUGAGAAUGCUCCUGGCGCUCAGGGAUAUUGAAGGACUACUGGCAAGCGUCUAGGCAAUGAGUUGCCAAAGGAAUGCUUGAAGCCAACCAUAGACUAUGACAAAUGACACCCGGCGGGCGAGUUUAAUGUACUUUUACGAGGGCCUUUCUACUUGUAUGCAUCGGAACUUGGGCAAUUUAGCAGUCCAGGCGCCGAGUUUUUAUGGGAGUUCAAUGUUCACAUGAAUGACGAGUCGAUAUCGUGAAGACUACGGAACACAACAAAACCUGGCCUGGCUCGGCAUUGCCUCUCUCCAGCAGAGUCCGCCUCUAU